UUAGGGUGGCGCGCGGCGCGGCGCGGCGCGCGGCUGACUGUCACCCGGGUGUUUUGCUCGGCAACAUCCGCACAGAGAUGGCAGUAGAGCCGUAGCUGACUGCGGGGCCUGUACGGUGACCAGCGGCCCGAGCCUUACCGAACUGCGGGACUGUAGGGAAGGAGCGCAGCGCCGAAAAAGUGCAGCCAUGGGACACGGAGUGGGCUGAACAGGAAGGCCUAGCGAAAGACGUCUGUUCUGCUGAUGGUGCUUUGUGUGUGCUGAAGGCUUCCCACCGCGGUGGAUGACAUGGCCACGGCCUCAUCGAGAGCAGAGACUAGCCAUAACCACCGACGCACGUCGCAGCUCCAUGCCAUCGUUUCAUGUGCCAAGCUUAAGAGGAAGAAGAGCGUUUUCGGGGCUGCCAUUUAUGUGGAGGUGACAGCAGAGGGAGAGACCCGCCGCACGACUAAAUCUCACAGCUCCUCCAGCCCCAAAUGGGACGAGCGGCUCACUCUGACUGUGACACCGCACUCACAGGUGGAUUUCAAAGUAUGGAGUCACCACACCCUGAAAGCGGACGCUCUGGUGGGCAAAGCCACGCUGGAUCUCAGUCCUGCGUUGGAACAGCAUGACAGAAAAUUGGAGAACGUGAAGGAGGUGCUGAAGCUGAACGCGGAGCAGAAAGGGGUCUGCGUGCCCGUUGGCGAGCUGACGGUCUACCUCGACGGCCUGACUGUCGCUGACCAGGAGGAGCUGGCCCCGCUGACCAAUGGCAGCGCAGCAAACGGCACCAGUGAGCUCACUGUUUAUGUUAGGGAAGUCCAACAGAAUGGAGACGCCAUUCAUGAAAACGGGGACACUUCUUCCUCUUCUUCUAGAGCUGCAAACAGCACCAUGAACGGAGCAGAGCCGGUCCAGAGGUCCGGUUCCUGCUCAGCCUCCAGUGGUGCAGACGCUCCGGUGCCUUCCAGCUCCUGCAGCCCUGCUCUCGAUCAUGUCACCAGCUUGAUCAAUGGAGACGCAACACCCAACUCCACCCCGGUGCACCAGCCUCCAGACAGCGACCCAGACACCAGAAUGGUGAAUGGAGACUCCUCUGAGGCUGCUCCCAGGCAAUCUUCUGCAUCUAGAAGAGAAACGCAGCCCCCUGCAGGUGAAAACCAGGAGAGCACUCCAGAUGCCUCACUGCCAGAUGCUGAAACAUCACCAGCUAGCACCUCCCGGCCCCCCCCAUCUUCCACGCCUUCUCCAGCCUCGUCUCUCGCUGCUAAACCCGCCGAUGGCACCGCCGCUGCUUCUACCACGUCUGCCUCCGCCACCCAGGGGGCUACCACCCUCACAACGUCCUCGUCGUCGGCCUCUUCCUCCCCAGCGCCGGGGGAAGCGGCUGCUCCGGGCGCCGGGGCUGGAGGCAGUAAUGGCAGCAGCUCGACAGCAACUGAUGGGGUGAAGCCCAGGCAGACGGCCCCUAACGCUCCAGCAUCAGAUCCUCUACCGCCAGGGUGGGAGCAGAGAAAAGAUCCACAUGGGAGAACAUACUAUGUGGACCACAACACCAGAACUACUACCUGGGAAAGGCCACAGCCACUGCCUCCAGGAUGGGAGCGUCGGGUGGACGAUCGGGGUCGGAUCUAUUACGUCGACCACAACACCCGCACCACCACCUGGCAGCGCCCCACCAUGGAGUCGGUGCGCAACUUCGAGCAGUGGCAGAGCCAGCGCAGCCAGCUGCAGGGAGCUAUGCAUCAGUUCAACCAGAGAUACCUCUACUCUGCAUCCAUGAUGUCCGCUGAGAAUGAUCCGCUAGGCCCUCUACCUCCUGGAUGGGAGAGGCGCGUGGACUCUAACGACAGAGUGUACUUUGUGAACCACAAUACCAAGACAACCCAGUGGGAAGACCCUCGCACCCAAGGGCUGCAGAAUGAGGAUCCUCUGCCUGAAGGCUGGGAAAUCCGCUACACGAGGGAAGGGGUCCGCUACUUUGUGGACCACAACACCCGGACCACCACUUUCAGCGACCCGCGCACCGGGAAGUCUUCUGUCACCAAAGGCCCGCAGAUCGCAUAUGAGCGCAGCUUCAGGUGGAAGCUGGCUCACUUCCGCUACCUGUGUCAGUCCAAUGCGCUCCCGAGCCACGUGAAGAUCACCGUCUCCAGACAGACGCUGUUUGAGGACUCCUUUCAGCAAAUUAUGGCCCUGAAACCAUACGACCUAAGGAGGAGGCUGUAUGUCAUCUUCAGAGGCGAGGAGGGUCUGGACUAUGGUGGCUUAGCCAGGGAGUGGUUCUUCCUGUUGUCCCACGAAGUGCUGAACCCCAUGUACUGUCUGUUCGAGUACGCUGGCAAGAGCAACUACUGUCUGCAGAUCAACCCGGCAUCCGCCAUCAACCCAGACCACCUCUCCUACUUCUGCUUCAUAGGCCGCUUCAUUGCAAUGGCGCUUUUCCAUGGGAAGUUCAUUGACACUGGCUUCUCUUUGCCUUUCUACAAACGAAUGCUGAACAAGAAGCUCAUCCUUAAAGACCUGGAGUCCAUUGACCCCGAGUUCUACAACUCUCUCAUAUGGAUUAGGGACAACAACAUAGAGGAAUGUGGGCUGGAGAUGUACUUCUCCGUGGACAUGGAGAUCUUGGGGAAGAUCUCUUCUCACGACCUGAAACCUGAUGGGACCGACAUCCUGGUCACUGAGGAGAACAAGGAGGAGUACAUCAGUCUGAUGGCGGAGUGGAGGUUCUCCCGGGGGGUGGAGGGUCAAACCAAAGCGUUCCUGGAUGGCUUCAACGAGGUGGUCCCACUGCAGUGGUUGCAGUACUUUGAUGAAAAGGAGCUGGAGGUGAUGCUGUGCGGCAUGCAGGAGGUAGACCUCCAGGACUGGCAGAGGAACACGGUGUAUCGCCACUACACCAGGAACAGCAAACAGAUCAUCUGGUUCUGGCAGCUGGUGAAAGAAGUGGACAACGAGGUGCGGCUGCGACUCAUGCAGUUCGUCACGGGAACGUGUCGGCUUCCUUUGGGCGGCUUUGCUGAACUUAUGGGAAGUAACGGGCCUCAGAAGUUCUGCAUCGAGAAAGUGGGGAAGGACACAUGGCUCCCCCGGAGCCACACAUGUUUUAACCGUCUGGACCUGCCGCCCUACAAAAGCUACGAACAGCUGAAGGAGAAGCUGCUCUUCGCCAUCGAGGAAACAGAAGGAUUCGGCCAAGAAUAGAGGGACUCGUCGUCCGGCGUCUCCCUCUGCUACGCCCCCUGCUGUUCAGUCAGCCAAGAAAAAAAAAAAACACGAAAAAUAAUUGCACAAGAUAACAACCAAUGUAUAUAAGCUAUUUUGUCAUUUAAAACCAAAUCCUAAUUUGCAGCAUAAUUUUUGCCGCAUUCCUGUUCCUAGUCCUUAUAUAAUAUAUAACUACCCUCCAUGAAGAUAUGCAAACAUUUCAUCGAUCUGCUCGUCUGUUUAAAAACAGAAAUCCUGGAUAUUUUUGAAGAUAUCCUCCCCCCACACAGCUUGACUGGCUUUUAAAAAAAAAUAGACUGAAAGUGUUUUCCAGAGGGUUUUAUAGUUUAGGCUCAACGUUCUUUUAAAGCUCUAGUUCUAUAGAGCUGUUUAAAAGGCAGAAAGUAGUUGCAUUUGGCGUUCAGUGCCUGAAAACUUCCUUUUCCUGUCGGACAGAUAGUCAUUUUAGAAACCCUGCGUGCUUGCAUGCUGCCUAUGAAGAUUAGACGAGCGCUGUGACCACCAACACAAGCGUGCACGUAGACUUUUUUUUUUUGUUUUUUGUUUUUUUUUUGGCAUGGAUCGCCGCAUCUCCCAAAUGUCCAGAACGCUCGGUGUUCAGAAGCUACAAACCUGAAAGCACAGAACAUCGCUCCCAGUCGUUCGGACCAGCACCAGCCGGAGGCCAGAACCAGAUCCUUCUCUUCGGGGCAAGAUAAUAACAUCCUGAUUGUCUUUAAGGUUCAAAGGACUGGAAGAUAUUAGAUAUUCGCAUUGAAAACAAGCCAUCAGAAUGUAUAUGUCGGUGUGAGACUGCGGCGGGAGUGCCAGAGCUGUUCCAGGCUACCUCGACUGUGGCCUGUUUGCACACUGUGACGUGAUGAGAGAAGGGCUGUGGGACGGCAGCCUACGAGGAUCACGCUCUGAAUCUGCAGUUUAAAUUUGCAAAUCAGAAAAUGGACAAAAAAAAAGAUUUUGUGGCCCUGUUUGUGUGAUUUGCAGAUAUGGGAGUUGGACUGCAGGCUGCGUCUCACCGUCCUUUGAAGCCACUGUGUUUGACGCAGCGCUUACGGUCCAGUUUUAACCCUUUAGCAGACGGUGCUGAGCAAAAAAUAAGGAUUCCAACCAUGGUUACCAGAAUAUAUUUAGCCAUUAUUUUCAUGUAGUUAGGUCCAGGUAAUAGUGUUUAAAAAAAAAAAAAGUAUCAUGUUUGUGUCUAAAUUAAAAAAAAAACAUGAAAGCAAGUCAGAAAAGCAGGCAGAUCAGAGGAGCAAAAAUAAACCAAAAACCCGGCCCAGCUACACCAGACAGUUCAGAUUAGUUCAUAUACGAUGCUCACGUUUGAGUUCAUAAAGGCCUUAUUUGUGUCCCCCUGCUCAGAAAACCCACCGCCUGCACUUCCUUCGUCCUUUAACUCCGUUUCAAAGGGACAGCCUCUUCUUUUUCCAAGGGUCACAUCAUACGCUGCAGUUUUUCUGAUUAUUUCCGGUCUGAGUCCAGGAGGAAGAGCUACAUUUAGGCAGCGGGUAGCCAGUCUGGUGUUGGAUCGCUGCCGUCCCUUAGGCGCCUGGUGUCGGCCGCGUGAACGCGCGUUCAGCCGGCGGGCCGCAGGGCGGAGCGACGGUAUCAGGAGGACGCUCUCAGUAGCAAAAGGAGGUCCUUUCAUACAGAGAUCCAUCAAACUGUGCUUCCUUAUCAGCGGAAACCUGUAACCCAAAUCAGCUGUAUAUCCCAGUGUUGAUCGCAUAGAGACAGUAAAUGAAGUUCCUUUAAAUAUUAUAAUCGACCACACAGAGCGACUGCUCCACUGAUGGAAAUCUGUGAUGCCUUUUGUUCUUAUCAGAAUAGCCGGGCCGUUUCAGGCCGUCCUCGGGUCGCAGCGCCGCGCUCCCAGAAGGCCAUUUGAACCCGUCCGGGUGGAGCAGGAGACGGGUGCUGCGGCUCAGGCCGCCUGAAACGCCGCCACUCUAACAUAUCACGUGUAGAUACACACUGUAAAACACCAACCACACUGUACAGAAUGCCCCUUUACUGGAGACCAUGUGUAUAGAAGAUUCAUUUUUAAUCUGCUUUCACCCAUUUUAAAUGGAAGAGAGAUGGAUUUAUGAGAUACAAAUAAAUGACUAAACCCUG